AUGGAUGAAAAUAUCGACGAUAAUGAUUUUAAUAAGAGCGAUAAUGAUAACACUGACGAUUUAAACAAAAAUACUGGUGAACCCGGUAAUUCUAGUGACUCACCAUUUAACAUUAAUGAUUCAAACAAUACAGAUGAAGAUUUAAAUAACUAUAAUGUUGAAAAUGACCAAACCAAUGAUGAUAGAGACCCUCAAACUGAUAAUUUACCCAAUGAUGAUGAUAUAGUUGGACUAUUUGAAGAUAGUGAUGAAAAUGUUGAUGAUUCUAUCAAAACAGAAGGUAUGAGUCAAUCACCUACAAGGCGUGAAGUUGAGCCGGUAGAACAGGAACAAUCUCCGGUUUAUGAGACCGAAAUUAUAAGCGCUACCCUUCCUUUGCUUCCAAGGCCUGGAAGAAAUGAAAAUUUAGUUGUUUGUAAGUUUCCACCUACUUUGAUGGUUUGCGACGUUAAUGAUAUUAGAAACUAUCUCAGGUCAAACCCUCACAUUCUGGAGAAUCCUCCGAACCCAAAUAAUCUUUCAAUAUUACUGUAUGAUAUAAAAACUAAGAGCAAUAACUCUUUUCCCAAGGAAGGUCAAAGCUCGAAUCAAAAUGUUAGGAGUAACAGUAAAAUAGUGGCUUGGGACGACAAUACAGUCACAUUAUUUGUUGGAACUGUCCCUCUUGACGUUGAGUUUCAAUCUGAGGUUUCAUUUCUGUUUGAGGACUCUAAUUUUGACUUAAAACCAGUCCACGCUGAAGUUGACACUAGACUCCAAACUCGUUUCUCAAACUUACUCAAAAACAAGAUGAUUAAGCAGAAACACACCAAACGACAGAAAAUGGAAGUCACUUUUCUAUCUGAUGCAAUACAAUCGCAAUACAAAAUUCAAGAGGUAAUUUUAUUUUUUAUCAAUUUUUAA